AUGGCUAUGAACAUCCGCCGAACGACGAGAGCGCUGGGCGCCCUUCGCCCCAUGGCUGCCCGGUCCGCCGUCAAUGCCCGCCAGUACUCCACCUCCGAGCCCGACCUGAAGACCACCCUGAAAGAAGCUAUCCCCGCCAAGCGCGAGCUUCUUAAGAAGGUCAAGGCUCACUCCAACAAGGUCAUUGGUGAGGUCAAGGUCGAAAACACCCUCGGUGGCAUGCGUGGCCUCAAGGCCAUGGUCUGGGAGGGCUCCGUCCUAGACGCCAACGAGGGAAUCCGCUUCCACGGCCGCACCAUCAAGGACUGCUAUGGCCACGCCGUCCUCCGCAAGCCCGAUCCUCGCUUCGAGGCCCUGAUGGACUACGCGUCUGCCCGUCCUGAGAUUGCCGAAGACCCUGUGUUCCAGCUCGUCAAGCUGAACAGCGAGCUCGCCCCUGAGGUUCUGAAGAAGCACGGAAAGACCAAGAACCCUUACCCCAAUGUCGACUCGAGCUCUGGCGUCCUCUUCCACCACUACGGCUUCCACGAGACCCUCUACUACACUGCCACCUUCGGUGUCUCCCGAGGCCUUGGCCCUCUGGCUCAGCUCAUCUGGGACCGCGCCCUAGGUCUUCCCAUUGAGCGCCCCAAGAGCAUCAACCUCGAGGGUCUUCUUAAGCAGGCCGAGAGUGCGUAA